CUGCCCCUGCCGCGAGAGGAAGAGCCGCCGCCGCCGCCGCCCGCGAUGAGCGUCCCGGCCGCGCCGCUGCUGCCGCCGCCGCUUCCCCCGCCGCCGCCCCCCGGCCGGGCGCGGCGCUGCUGCCUGCGGGACUCCGGCGGCGGCGGGGGCUGCCUGAGCGGCCGGGCUCUCGCUCUCAAGUUGGGGCCGGCGCGGAGCUGCCCCCGGAGGGCGAGCCGGGCCGGGCCUGCCCCCGCCCGCAGGGGCCAUGAGCCCGACCUCGAGGCGGCGCCUGCCUUGGCCGCGGCGGGCCCCGGAGAGGAGCCGCUGAGAGCGGAGGGGCGCGGCGGCGGCGGCGGCGGAGCUUCCCAGCAUGGGCGAGCGGCCGCCGGAGCCCCCGCGCGCCAAGCCUUCCCCCGCCGUGGCCGCCCCCGGCGAAGCAGAAGCCAUCGAGGUGCUGGAGAGCGAGGAGGGCCCGCCCGCCGCCGCCGCCGAGGCCAACCAUAGAGUUGGAAGGAACCAAAGUUCAUCUUCUCCAACCUGCUGCCCAAUGGCAAGGCUAUCAACCCACCAGCCCCCCACAGAACAACCCUUGCUGUCCAGAACACAGCGUGACACAAGCAGAGGGCAGACGCACACCAGAAAGCACUGGAAAGCUCUGUUCGAUCAGUUCGACCCUGAAAACACUGGCUACAUUAGCACAGAGAAAUUUCGAAACCUCCUCCAAAGCCACGGCUCUGAGUUGGACCCGCACAAGCUAGAAGUGCUCCUGGCCCUGGCAGACAGCAAUUCCGACGGGAAGGUCUGUUACCAAGACUUCGUCAACCUGAUGAGUAACAAAAGGUCCAACAGCUUCCGCCAAGCCAUUUUGCAGGGGAACCGAAGGUUGUGCAGCAAGGCGUUGCUGGAGGAGACUGGACUUAGCCUUUCCCAGCGGUUGAUUCGGCAUGUUGCCUAUGAGACGCUACCACGGGAGAUAGACCGGAAGUGGUACUAUGACAGUUACACCUGCUGCCCUCCUCCUUGGUUCAUGAUCGCCAUUACCAUUGUAGAGGUCGCCUUCUUUCUUUACAAUGGAGUGAUGCUAGACAGGUUUGUGCUGCAAGUUACCCACCCCUUAUAUCUGAAGAACUCGUUGUUGUAUCAUCCUCAGCUGCGUGCCCAAGCCUGGAGGUACCUCACCUACAUAUUCGUGCAUGCAGGGAUUGAGCACCUUGGACUCAAUGUAGUUCUGCAACUUCUGGUUGGAGUUCCCCUUGAAAUGGUUCAUGGGGCAGCAAGGAUUGGGUUUGUCUACAUCGCUGGAGUUGUUGCAGGUUCUUUGGCAGUAUCUGUUGCUGAUAUGACUGCGCCUGUCGUGGGCUCCUCUGGUGGUGUCUAUGCCCUCAUAUCUGCCCACCUAGCCAACAUAGUAAUGAACUGGUCUGGAAUGAAGUGCCCAUUCAAGCUGUUGCGCAUGGCUGUGGCCUUGAUCUGUAUGAGCUUUGAAUUCGGAAGAGCCGUGUGGUUGAGGUUCUACCCAUCUGCCUACCCUCCAUGUCCACACCCAAGUUUUGUGGCCCAUUUGGGGGGGGUAGCAGUCGGCAUCACCCUCGGUGUGGUUGUCUUAAGGAACUAUGAGCAGAGGCUCCAAGACCAGUCCUUAUGGUGGAUCUUUGUAUCCAUGUACAUGGUAUUUGUUCUCUUUGCCAUCCUCUGGAACAUCUUCGCCUACAGCCUGUUGGACCUGAAACUACCUCCACCUCCUUGAGUCUGAGCUAAGGACCUGUAAAGAACUAAUGGACAACUUCUGUCCGGCAGCUUCACUGGAAAGAAUCAAAUUGAGGAUUUAUUUUUGUAUGGCUAGCACUGGAUGGAAGCAAACUCACCUUCUGAAAACGCACAUAACAAGGGGAAGUUUACUGCACAUGUGGGAUGUGACCAUAUUACUGGAAAAGAUCGCUUAGGUGACGACCAGUCAAGAGAGCUUGCUCAGACAAAGGGUGGGCAUGGAGGCUUACAGGUAUCACCGUAAGAGCCUAGCCUUGUAUCAUUUUUACUCAUGCAAAUAUCUUGGUGCUGGUCUCCUGUUCAGCCCUAUAUUGGUAGAACUGGGCACAUACUGGUGAAUGUUAAUGCACACAGGGACAUUUUGUUUGGAUUGAAGGUAUUUCCCCAGGUUGUUUUUUCCUUCUACUGCACCUGUCAUUGGGAGCUUGCAAACCACCACCAAAACCCAGGAAGAAAAUCCUCCACUUCUUUAGCGAAUGAAGCAGUCACCUCUGGCAGGGCAGCUUGGCUGGCUUUUCACGGACAGCCCGGACUCCUCUACAGUACCCCUGCUAGUGCCCAGUGAGCCUAGACAGCUUACCUUUUACAGGGAGGCUAUUCUAGAAAAGCUUCUGGAGCCAUCAGCAAAUCUGCUUAGCCGGUGGCAGAAGCAGAUUUCCAACUGAAGGAUAAACCAAAUUGCUUUGGAAGAUUUGAUGGUGCUUUAACUAGGUUGCUAAAUACAGUUGCAUCUUUGAUUUAUAUACAAAUUUUGGCUAGGGUUUUGUUCCUAGAAGUGUACGGUUUUGGAGACUUUGGGCAAACUGGUUGUUUGGGGUGUUUUGUUGACAAUCACAUUAUUUUCUUCUCGCCAUGCCCCGGCCCUUACUGUGCAUUCUAAAGCAGCAGCGUCUGCUCUGUGACUAGAAAGGGGUUGGCCGAUCUCUUUCUUUAAAGAUGCGAUUCCAAAACAGCAUCCCCUGUAGAACCAAGCAGGUGCAUCAGAACGUCUCUACACUCUAGAGAGAACGUAGAUCACUGCUUUACAGUACUGUUUUAUUUUUUUGAGAUGUUGAUUUUACGUACUUGGAAAAAGCGUGUUGACAGGCGCUCUUCGAACAAACCUUGUUUGCUGAUAAAGUGUACAAGUAGCCAACAAGGAGCUGCUUUCGACUGGAUCAGGGAUAUAUUUGGUAAUGGUACCUCAGCUACGCCCUGAUUUUCAGGGCCGAGCUUCAGAUGACGCUGGAGGUCCAUGUUCAAGAAUAAUGGAGCUACAAAAAGCUCUUUGUGGGAAGGCCUGGUACGGCUCUGGUGCUGUGUGAGUUAACUCUCCCCCUCCCAGCUUCUAAAAGCCCCAAAGGGGGGAAAAUACGCAGACUUCCAACAUCCGAUAUAGUCUAUCCUAAGGCAGUAAACCUCUGUCUGGCCUUGCCACUUCAGGCAGCUGGUGGAAGCGCCUAUCAUUUAAUGCUUCCAAUGCAAGAGAGAUUCCCGGCCAAUAGAAAAUUAGCAUGCAAGGGAGAAGCUCAACGCCAGUACCGUUUUCCUUGACGUCUGAUUUCUUAAAUGAAGGGAAUUCUCCACUGAGACGCAACUCGGAACCAGUUUUUAUAAAGGUGGUGGUGAAAAUGUUGAUUGUUAAAGAACAAAAGCUUAGUAAAUUCAGUGUCAUGAUGAAAACUACUAAAAUGCACAAGUGUUAAACAAAUGUUAAUGCUAAGUACGCAUAGAAUGAAAUGCCAAAUGGUUGAUGGUUGCAAAUUACCCCUCCUGUCCUGUGUAGCACAACGAGCAGCCAAAAAUGUACCACAUCCCAGCCCAGGAACGUGUCAGUCCUGGGAUAAAGAAGAAUUAGACUUCCUCUAGCUUUUCUUUUUGUCAAAUCUCUCGAUAAACGAUCAUGUCUUUC